AUGAAUAUCUUUCACAAUUAUACCCAAUCAUCAAAACAGAAACAACGACAGCAACAUCAUAACCCAGUAGUAGUUACUACCACUACACAACAGAUUAUCACAGAUCAAGAUCCAGUUACAUUUAUCCAUCCUGCCGCAAUGUCCGGGCUCGGCGAAGCAGUCGGCGGACUAAGUGGUCCGCUAGGCAAAGCUACAGAGAACGUCCCUGGCGUCGGGAGCGAUAACAACACCGUACGACAACACGAAGCACCAUCAGAAACAUCAAUCCCACGAUCGAUCCCAGAAACAUCAGAAGGAAAUGAAGGUGAAGGCGAGAUGGUACCGGCUGCGGGCCGUAUCAACGAUAAAGGAGAAGUAAUCGACGAUGACGGCAAUCCUAUCGGCAAGGUAACAGAAGGCGAUUCACUCAAAUUCGCUGGCUUUAUCGUCACGCAAGAGGGCGAUGUGCUAGAUGAAGACGGCGGUGUAGUCGGUAAAGCCCAACCCCUGGAAGACGUCGCGUCCGAACUUAACUACACGACCAAGUCCGCGAAAGAUACUGCUACAAAAGGAAAAGGCGGGCUUGGUGGUGCUCUUUCGGGGGUUACAGGAACAGCACAGUCGGCUCUUGGUAGUGUCGCUGGCGGCCUUGGUCGGUCUACGAAGGGCGUUACAGGGACCGUUGGUGAUACGGCAAAGGGCGCCACUGAUACCGUCGGAGGAGUAACGGGAGCUAAAGGGGCUACGGAUACCAUUGGCAACACGGCAGAAGGUGUCACGGAUGCCGCUGGUAACACCGUCGAGGGAGCUACGGGGGCUGCUGGAGAUACGGCAGAAGGUCUCACUAACCCCAUAGAAGGAGCCACGGAAGGAGUCGGCGCACCGGAUACCGGCGACGUGGCUGAUGUUGCCAAGCAGUCGGCUCAAGGAGCCGCUGAGGGUGUUCAGGAGCAAGCCAAUGAAGGAGCCCCAAUUGAGAUUAAAGACAUGGAGACUGGCCUUGGUUCGAAGACAGGUUUGGGUUCUAAGGCUGGUGAGCUAGCGCAGCGGGGCCUUACCCCUAUUGACGUCCCUUCAUUGUCACCCUCUGUCGCGAACAAAGUAGUCGCUUUAUUCCAAGGCCCCUUUACGGUCGCAGACGGCGGCAAGGUUACCGAUCAAAAUGGGAAGAUCAUCGGCAAGUUGGCUGAUGGCUCGGACAUUCAAGACCUAGUCGGAAAGGAUGUUGCCGGUAUUGAUGGGCAAGGGAACCUUCUAGCUGACAGUGGCACUAUCGUUGGCAAAGUCGACAUUGCGCCAGAAGGCUCAAUUGUCGAACGUAUCAAGGAAGAGGUUCCCGAGGCUGCAGAUCGUCUUAAUGCACUCGAGGCACAAGCCGAACAAGCAGCCGCGCCGAUUAAAAUCCCAUCAUUCGCCCCCUCGGUUGCCGACAAAGUUAUUGCUAUGUUCGAAGGCCCCUUCAACAUUGCCGAAAAUGGUCAAGUCAGAGACCAGAAUGGUAAAGUCCUGGGCAAGCUUGCUGAGGGACAAGACUACGAACAUCUUCUCGGCAAGGACAUCAAGGGUAUCGACGGCCAAGGCAAUCUACUUGGCGACAACGAUACUAUCCUUGGAAAGGUUGACUUGGUACCCGAGGGUACAAUUGUCGAGCGCAUUAAGGAACAAGUUCCGGAAGCUGCAGGCCGACUUGAUGCCCUCGAAGCUGCUAAGGAGCAAGUUAAGCUACCUGACAUCUCCAUCCUCGAGGGGAUGCAGAUCAACAAGGCUGGCAAUGUUGUCGACACCAAUGGCAACCCAAUUGGUAGAGUGAAGAGCGGGGACAUUAAGAAGCUCAUCGGCAGGACACCCGACAAGACUGGUAAGGUCUGGGAUAACCAAGGCAACGUCAUUGGCGAAGUUGAAGUACUUCCGGAGACUGUUCAGAACUUAGCUUCGCCGUUCGAAGAUUUCCCUGAUGCUACUGUCGAUAAAUUCGGCAAGGUUAUCUACGACGGCCGCCAAGUCGGCGUAGUCGUUGGCGACGACUUCCAGAAAUUGAUCGGGAAGAAGGUUGAUGCCGAAGGAGAUAUCCUCGACAAGAAUGGCAAUGUCAUCGGUCAUGCUGAGCGUGCUGAGGCUGAAGAGCCUGUUGAGCCCGAGGAAGAGGUUGUCGAUUACUCCAUGCUGCGUGACAAGAAGGUCAACAAGUUAGGCAACGUUGUCGAUGACAAGGGCCAAGUGUGGGGUCAUGUCGUCCAGGGUAUUCUCAAGCAUCUUGUUGGCAAAAAGGUCGGCGACAAUGGAGAGAUCUUUAACGACGCGGGUCAGGUCAUUGGAAAGGCCGAGCCCAUCCCUGACGGCGAACGUGAGGAAGUUAGAGAGCCUUCUCCAUUUGAAGAUUACCCUGACGCUGUUGUGGGUGAACAAGGAAAGGUCAUGUCUAAUGGAGAGCAAGUUGGUAUCGUAGUCCAGGGUGACCCGAAGAAGUUGAAGGGAAAGCCCGUUGAUGCCGAUGGUGAUAUCUUAGAUAAAGCUGGUAAUCAGCUUGGUCAUGCGGAGCGUUGGGAGGAGGCGGAACCUGAGCCCGAGCCAGAGAUUGAUACGUCGUCUUUGGCCGGUAAGCGCAUCAACAAGGCUGGCAACGCUGUCGAUAGUCACGGUGAUAUUUACGGUCGCGUUAUUGAGGGCGACCUCAAACGUCUAAUUGGCAAGAUGUGCGACAAGAGUGGCUUCAUUCGAAAUGAGGGUGGAGACAUCAUCGGAAAGUGCGAGCUUAUCCCUGAAGCUGAACGUGAGGGCAUGAAAGAAGGUCCCUUUACUGAGCUACCUGGUUGCACCGUCAACAAGGAGGGUAAGAUCGUGACUCCUGGCGGUGAUGUGGUCGGUCGGCUCGUCUCGGGAGAUCCUAAGGUUCUCUUCGGACGUGCGGUCGACGAUGAUGGUGACAUCUGCGACAAGAAUGGAAACGUCCUCGGCCAUGCUGAACGCUGGGAGGAAGAGCCAAUUCCCAAGGAUAUCAACCCCAUGUCUGGUCGCAGAGUUAACCGCGAGGGUAACGUCGUUGAUGAGAAUGGCGAUCUCAUUGGCAAGCUUACAUCCGGUCUCUUGAGCGAGUGCGCUGGUAAGAAGAUUGAUGACGAUGGUGAUGUCGUCGACGGCAAAGCGAAAGUUCUCGGUCACUGCUCACUGCUUUCGGAGAUACCUGAACCUGAGCCUGAGCCUGAAGAGAGCGAAGAGGAGAGGGCCGCUCGCUUGCAGUUAGAGCAAGACCAGAAGAUCGCCGGGCAAAUCGCAUUCUGUAUCGAGCAGUCUCUCGACAAGAUUAAACCCAUCUGCAAGAUGAUCGUCGACAGAAUCGAUGCCGAGGAGCGUAAACCAGAAGAUGAGCGCGACGAAGACGAACUUGUUAAACAAGUGCGCCCAUUAAUUGAAGAGGGCGGCAAGAUUCUAACAGAAGCCAACGGUGUAAUCCGAGGACUUGAUCCCGACGGUCGCAUUUCGGCCAACGCCAAGCACAAGACAGCAGCGCGCGAGGCGACACCUGAAGAAUACCGACUCGCAGAUUUACUCAAGGAACUCACAGGCACUGUAACGGAGACCAUCGAAGGCGCCAAGCGCAAGCUUGAAAACCUACCACGCGCCAAAAAGGCCAUCAACCCACUCUGGGGCCUACUAUCCGAACCCCUUUUCCAAAUCAUCGCAGCCGUCGGUCUCCUCCUCAGCGGUGUUCUUGGUCUCGUUGGCAAACUGCUCAAUGGCCUUGGAUUGGGCGGUCUAGUCAAUAACCUCCUUGGUGGUCUAGGUCUCACUAAGGUUCUAGAUGGUCUAGGAUUGGGCUCGGUCUUGGCCCCUAUUACUGGAAGCAAGAAGAAAUAA